CUCUCUCUCUCCAAUGUUUAAUUGUUUCCUAAUGUUCCCGUCUGUUUUCUGAUAUCCAUAUGACAGUCGAAUCAGAUUAUCUCAGUUUGUACAAAGCACUCUCAGCGUACAAGACAGAAGCAAAAGGACCCACAUCAGUGUUUUUCUAAACCAUAGCUUUCCUCCUCACAAAGAGACUCAUGAGAUAGGAAGGAGGAUACCCAUUAAAGUGACUGUGUUGAAGCCCAGCAAAAUUCCAAAAAAGGUUGGAAGCCUAAUCUACAGUGCCGAAAACUUCACCUUCCGCCCCAAGUAAGCCACAAUGAAGAAGACAUUUCUUGCUUCAGCUUAAUCUCCUUUGCAACAAACUGGGUCCAGAAUUUCCAUCUCCCAUCUGCCUCUAUUCACUUCCAUUCUUCUCUUCUAAAGCUUUGUACGUAGCAGAGUUUAUUUGAUCUUCUUGUUUAUUUGCAAUGGAGCAAGCGAGGUACUCGUUGUGUUCCAAGGAAAGACAUGGCUUGAAUUUGAAUUCUUAUAUUCAUCAAGUGCCAGCCAACCCUUUGUGUGGCGAUUCCUGGGAAGAACAAGCUUUCGCAGAAGAUGCAGCAGGGCCGCUCGGCGGCUGUAUAUGGCCUCCAAGAUCUUAUUCUUGCAGCUUUUGUAGAAGAGAAUUCAGGUCGGCUCAAGCUCUGGGAGGUCACAUGAAUGUCCACAGAAGGGACAGAGCUAGACUCAAGCAGUCUCCGAAUCCUCAAGAUCACGAAGCUCUUCAUCCUCACCAUCAAAAUUACCAAACCCUAGCUCUGAAAUAUCCAUCUCAGGUUUGUUCCAUGGUUCAAAACCCUAACCCUGAAUCUAGGGCUUCACCUCCGGCUACAGAAGGGAUUAAUCCCAAUGAGAAGCCCUUUCUUCCUCUUUUCUCCUCUCCUCCGCCGCCAUGGUCAAACUUGGAUGGGGACAAAUAUUCUCAUGUCCUGGAUCUGAACGAUGAGGAGAAUAAGAACUCAAAACUUUCAGGGGAAGAAAACAGUGCAGACGAGGAUUGUGUCACGGCAGAUUUAUCUGUAAACUUGAAUUUGGGUGUCGGCCAGAAACGCCGAAUUUCGUCCGGAGCCGAGGAAGCUAUGAGUUGCCGGAAACGGAUCAGAAUUGACCAUUCAACACCAUUACUUGAGCACCGAUCGAGUUCCAUAGAAGAGUUAGAUCUUGAGCUAAGGCUUGGCGAUCGGCCAGAGGUGAAGUAGAACUGGAACUAGAUUAACUUAGAUCUCUAGUUCCGUAGAACUAGUUGUUUUCUUCACUUUCUGUUGGGUGUUUUUGUGUCCUAUCUUUUUCUCCUUCCCAUUUGAUCUAAAAGCCAAGGCUCUCUAUUUCUCGUGGUAUUUGGUAUUUGCGGAGUGCAAAAAUAACCGCAUAGUUAUCGAUCUUUCAUAUAUUAACAUGCAAGACUCCCAGUCAACUUAAAUUUGCUUUGUGUUAAUCGCAAUUGGAAUAUAUCGGUAUUAGCUAGGCAUUCUUGCCAUGGAGAUCACUGACAAAAUAUGUUGAUAGUGU